GCUUCCGUCAGUUAUAACGCGUCAUGACUGUAAGUAGCACGAAAGUUUGCGUUGGCGGCUCAGCAAUCGACGAUGGCUCUCAAUCUCCCUUCUGUUAUUUUUAUGCGAUGGACAUCCUUCAAGAUGCAGGUGUGAGCGGGAUGCAGGACACCAGAGCGGUGAAUUAUGCCGUUGCCAUGAGAAUGGACUGAUCGAGGCACUUUUUAAGGUGGCCACAGAGAUGGAGAGUCCUUCGAAGAUUGAGAGGCGACAGGCGUGGGCGCAAGGCAGCCACCGCAAGUUUACCGUAAGAGAUGCAGAACACCGCAGCCCAACAGCAGAACAGCAGCCUCAUUUCUCUCUCCAAGAUGACGUCUUUGUGGAUGGAUGCUCUGCAGGAAAGAUUGAAACCUGGCUCCAAGGUUGUGGGAACGAAGCCAGUCUUGCCAAAAGCAGUCACCUAACAACAGGACCUUUGAGGAUAGGCACCAGCUUUGAGGAUGAUCUGAGUCUGGGUGCAGAGGCCACUGCAUUAUAUGCUGCAUCAGGUGUGCCACAUUUUAGCACUCCUCAACAGAAGCUUAACCUGCCAUUGUUCAACAUGGGCCAAAGUGUCGCAUCCAGUGCCUUCUCAACCACUACCAGCAGGACUGCUUCCAGUGUGUCUGAGGUCCUCCAGAUGCGUGCCGAAGAUGCAGAAGAGACCCUUUUCCAGCUGGGUUUCGGUUGUGAGGAACCACAGGUGACCGCCCGCAUCCCAGUCCGCUUCUUCAACUUUCCAUCCCAACUCAGAGGCAUCAAUUUCCGGCUGUUCCUUGAAUCCCAACUCACCAGGAUACGCCAGGAAGACCCUUGUCUUUCAUUAGCAAGUCGUUUCCGACAAGUUGAGGCAUUGACGGCAAUGGCGAAUGCUUUCUAUUCGCUGUACUCCCACGUGUCCCGAACGCCACUUCAGAAGCUUGCGCCACCCCAGUUAACCUUCUCUUCCCCAAUCGUGGAGAGGACCAUGUCUCGAACCAGUGUCCGCAGUGAACCACGAUCUCCUGUUGAAAGACUAAAAGACACUAUCUCCAAGAUGUGCUUGUACACGGGAUCCCGUGGCUCGGACUCCACAUCUCCAAGCAAUUCACCUCGCAAGCGUAAACACAGUCUGUCGGGUGUAGUUGAGAAAAGUGUAGAAAAUGAUGAAGAUUUAUGCCUUCAAAUGGAAGUAGAAGACUUGGACUGGUUUACAGAGAGCAAGAAAGAACUUGAAGAGAAGGCAUAUGAGGAAAACACUGAAAGGACUGAUUAUUUUGAUCCUAUACAUUGUCAUCCACUAUCUGAGAUGGCAAAUGAAAACGUACAUGACCUCAGGCAUACAUUAGCAGAGUGUACACCUUUCCAGGAGCCAAAAACAGACAUGGACACGGAGUCCAAAGGUUGUACCCUGCGUUCUGUUCUCUCGAAUAGAUCCGAUGUUACCGUGAAACCUGUUCCUAUCGUUACUCAUGAUAUCAUAUGCCCUCAGGUUGUUGAAUAUGUCAAUCAGGCACCUUAUCGCUGCCUACACACAAACAGUAUGGAUGCCAAAGACUCACCUUUUGCACACCAGAUGACAAAUAAUUCUACCGUAAGACAAUCUAACGCAAUGAAUUUACCCAAGUCGUUAUGUCAGAUCACAGUCACUGGAUGGGAGGACGACACCACCCACCCCAAUAGAAACGCUCAGGAGCAGUGUUCACCCAACAUCAAGAGGUACCUAAGCCCUGUAAAACCACUAAACCUGAGCAAACAAGGCAACUCCUUUGAGCUGGAAGAGGUUCACAGUGCAGAGGAAGAGGAAGCCACUUCAUCAGAAUUCUGCUCCACAGUAACAUUGUCUGUUUCAUUGCAGCAUCCCAAAUCGUCGCCUCUGCGAGGGGACAGUUUUCAGUCGGACAGCAGUGGAUAUGCUGAAGAGGAUGUGCACCAUUCCCUCUUCACCCCAGAGAAAACAUAACAUCAAAACUUAGGCUAAUGAAGUAACACAAAGCGUGUCUACUAAUACACUUAGAGUCAACGUGAAAUGGUGUUUGCAAACUCAUUUUUGCUCAGUGCUCAUUUUUACUCAGUGCUUUUAUUCAUCAGGAAUUGAUUGGAUUGACUUUAUCUUUGGAAUAUCCUGUACAGAUGAACCAUGCACAAUAAGACCAGUGGCAUAUUUUAAGAUAUGUCAGUGCCAUUGUUUCGUCACACCAGUAAUGUUUGAAGCAAAGCUUUUCUAAGGCACGUUUAUAAAAGCAACUUAAAUGCCCUAAUUGAACUAAGGCCUAAUCCUGGCUUAAUCUAAGACCUGUCUGUGAAAUGGAGCCAUAGUGGUGGCUAUGUUUAUGCAACUGGUCCGUGUUUACGUCCGAACGCCGGCUCAGUAUUGGCUGACGCUAUUCACACGAGUACCAUGACACAUGCGUGUGAUGCUGAUGUAGGAGCCGGCCAUUACUGAGACGUCUUUAAUACCUUUCUGGACCUUGAAUGAUGGUAAUAAUGUUGAUUUCUAUGGGGGAUUAGAGAAAAAAAAAAAAAAAGCUCUUGGAUUUCUUUAAAAAAAUAUCUUAAUCUGUGUUCCGAAGAUAAAAGAACUUAAUUACUUAAAGGAUUAGUUCACUUUUAAAUAAACUUUU